UUUCUUUAUAGAUCGUUUGGUUAUACUUGCUUAUUUUAGAAUAUUUUUAAAGUUUACGGAUGUCUUUAUUAAAAUAUUAAAGUGGGUUAAAAGACAUCUUCAUUGCUUGCAAAAUUGAGUGAAAAUUUUAAACUGUUUUAAGAAAACAAGUCAAAAAAUCUUUUUUGCUCUUUUUGUUUUCAUAAUAUUUAGACUUCAGUGUCCUGCCAUUAUUUGUAAGUUAUCUUUUAAGCCAGAAUUGAACCAGCUUUAAUCCUUUGACUCAAGAAAGCCCAAACGAAUGAAGAAACGCUGGCCGAACGCAGCAACAUUUGAUUUAGACAUCGAUUUGAGAUUUUUAAGUUCGUCACUCGAUAAAAUUUUAUAUUUUAGUAGACAAACACUUGGCAUUUGAAAAUCACUGUUUCCCAAGACCUUGUGGGUCUAGAAGAGGAGCAAGAACCAUGUCUCGUUUCUUAGCAACGGCCAAAGAGCGGCUCCAAAGGGGAUUGCGAUUUGGCCAGAUGUUGAUCCACAACACUGGUCCACAGCAAAUGGCGGCCAAGAAGGCAACGCCACCUAAGACUGGAACUCAACCACCGCCCAAGUCCGCCAAGCCGCCCAAGUGUCCUGGUGGCGAUAAGGAUAUGAAGCGAAAGCCAGGUUUCUUUGCCAGUGGCGGUCAGCAUGCUGUGCUCAGUGAUUGCCCAAAGCCAGAUGGUGACUUCAUGAGGGCCUGGUCGGCGAAGAACGGUCGCUAUAACCUAAUCCUUAUCUCGGGUAUCCUUGCAGCAGGGGGAUCCUUGGGCUUUGCCCUGUCUUCAGGUGCCCUAUGUCUAAACUGGGUCCUUCCCGAGUACCCUUACACCGAGGACGAGAUGGAGGACUUCGAGAUCGAGGAGGAGCGCCGGCGGGAGGAGAAGGAGGCCCGCGAAGAGCGCCACCAGGAUGCUGUGGAGGCCCGUGAGUUGGGCAUACGCCGUCGACGAGCCAAGGAGGCGAUGGAACGCGAGGUGGAACUGAUGCAGCGCGACAUGGACGGUGGCAUCACCGAAUCCGAAUUGAAUGAGCUGCAGCGUCUGGCCGCCGAGCGCGAAGCUUUCGAGUUGUGGGAAAAGGAGGAAAUAAAGCGGCUGGAAGAGCAGGAGAAGGAGCGUGAGAAGAUCCGGAAGGAGAAGGCCAAGGUCAGGGCCGAAAGGGACAAGGAGCGUGAAAAAAAGCGGAAGGAGAAGGAGGCCCAGCUCGAAAAGGAGGAGGCUGAGCGCGAGAAAAAACGCGAGAAGGCGCGCAAGGAACGCGAAAAGGCCGAAAAGGAGAAGCAAAAGGAAAAGGAGAAGGCCGAAAAGGAGGCUGAGAAGGCCAAGAAGGCGGCCGGAUAUUAAAUCCUUUUUCACCCAUUUCAAUUUAUGUACUUUGCCGGCAGUAACAACACGGCAGCUACGUUUUAGUUGGGCCAAAACCAAAGACGUCCAGAAAGAAUGUAGCCCCAAAAAACUAAACAAAUUGUUGAAUAAAUUAACAAAAUUGGUUACUGUUGGCCUGAAAUCAA